UGCGUCAGCCCUCGGCAGGCAAAGAGUUAACUCGGUCAGACUGUUGUUCUGCGCUCGGUCCAACCGGGCCGUGUCGCUAAGGGAAAAGAGGCUGCGCUUUCAGGAGGUGUAACACAUCCCCAGCUGCAAAACGAGCUCACAUCUGGCGCGCCACAAGAGCCCGGUUUUUAGCGCAACCUGUCUCGGAGUGGUUCCUCUGAGCGGGAUCAGCGUUCCUGUCUGUGUGUGAGUGGAGAGAGGUUGAAAGUUGACACGGAUUGGAGCUGGAGGUCGGAUUUGGUCUAAGGACGGAGAGAUUUGUUUUGGAUAGGGCGCGUUUGGUGUGCGUAAAAAGCCAACUGCGUGUAAAUAAACCAAAAAUAAUCACCUGCAGAGUACUGGGGGUGGGGGGGUGGAAUCAGCUGAAAACAUCUGAGCCGUAGUGAGGUCUUCUACAGGUGGUUUCCUUCACUUUUAUCCGCUAUAGUUUCUGUUUUCUGGCAGCAGAAAGUCAUGGGUCGCUGACUCUGACAUGAGGACGCACCUUCCUUCUCCCAGCCUUCUGAUCAGACCAGCGGCCAGCAGCGGGGAGCAGCGGGGAGCAGCAAGCUUCUAAAUGAUCAGCUCGGUGUGCGUUUCGACUUACCGAGGGCGCAAGUCAGGAAACAAACCUCCGUCUAAAUCAUGUCUGAAGGAGGAGAUGGCCAGAGGGGAGGACUCGGAAAAAAUCAUCAUCAACGUCGGCGGCACCCGGCAUGAGACCUACAAGAGCACCCUGCGGACCCUGCCGGGGACCCGCCUGGCCUGGCUGGCCGAACCGGACUCCCAGGGCUGCUGCUCCGAAUCGGACGCCGAGCUCCCGAGCGUCUCCGAGUUCUUCUUUGACCGACACCCGGGCAUCUUUGCCUAUGUGCUCAACUACUACCGGACAGGGAAGCUGCACUGUCCGGCGGACGUGUGCGGCCCGCUGUUCGAGGAGGAGCUGGCCUUCUGGGGGAUAGAUGACACCGACGUGGAACCGUGCUGCUGGAUGACCUACCGGCAGCACCGGGACGCGGAAGAGGCUCUGGAGAUAUUCGAGCCGCCCGACCCGGAGGACACAGACGACGACAGAGACACGCCAAGACGGUUCGGCAUUGAGGACCGCAGCGACAGGUCCAGGGGGUGCUGGGAAGUUUGGCGACCCAAAGUGUGGGCCUUGUUUGAUGACCCGUACACCUCCAGAGCAGCCAGGGGAGUGGCAGUCAUCUCUCUCUUCUUCAUCCUGGUGUCCAUCACUACGUUCUGCUUGGAGACGCAUGAGGCCUUCGACGUAAAACAAAACAUUACAGAGCUCAUCAGAGAGGGAAACAUCACGCGAAUGGAGAUCAGGGAUGAGACCGUCACCAACCCAAAGCUCAUCAUGGUGGAGGGAAUCUGUGUGGUGUGGUUUACCUUUGAGUUCCUGGUCCGAAUCGUCUGCUGUCCAAACAAACUGGCCUUCAUCAAGAACACACUCAACAUCAUUGACUUUGUCGCCAUCCUGCCUUUCUACCUGGAGAUGAGUUUGAGGGGUCUGUCGUCCAAGGCGGCCAGCAACGUGCUCGGUUUCCUCCGCGUGGUGCGCUUCGUGAGGAUUCUGCGGAUCUUCAAGCUCACGCGUCACUUCGUGGGCCUGCGCGUGCUCGGUCACACGCUGAGGGCCAGCGUCAACGAGUUCCUCCUGCUGGUCAUCUUCCUCGCAUUGGGAGUGCUCAUCUUUGCCACCAUGAUUUACUACGCCGAGCGCAUCGGAGUCACCUACAACCCCGAGAUUAAAAACCACUUCAAAAACAUCCCCAUCAGCUUCUGGUGGGCGGUGGUCACUAUGACGACGCUGGGCUACGGGGACAUGUUUCCACAGACGUGGCUGGGUAUGAUAGUGGGGGCGCUGUGUGCUCUGGCCGGCGUGCUGACCAUCGCCAUGCCCGUCCCCGUGAUCGUCAAUAACUUCGGCAUGUACUACUCGCUGGCUAUGGCGAAGCAGAAGCUGCCGAAGAAGAAGAAGAAGCACACCCAGAACCCAGACGCGCCGACCGACUCGGCCUCGUUUGUGAAAUCGGAAACAAACUCACACAUCGACAGCACUCAGAGCGACACGUGUCCGCUGGCGGCGGAGGAGAGCAGCAGCAGGAACCGCUCAGACUCCAAACAGAACGGGGACGCGAAUGUGGCCCUUUCAGACGAGGAAGCCUGCAGUCUGACCCAGCCGCUGUCGCCCAGUGAGAAGUGGUCGCUGCGCUGCUCCAGAGGACGAGGCAAGAACAAGGAGGGCACCUGCUUCAUCCUGACGUCUGGAGAGCCCAGCAUCCAUGUUGGCUGUAAAGAUAUUCUCGGUACCAGUGGAAACCACACCCAGCCGGAGGUCACCACUCUGACCUAACGAAAGAGGAGGAAACGUGAAGCCUGCCGUCCGAUCCCUGCUGUCGAAAUAAACCGCAGAGCCACAUGUUGUACAUCAAGAUGAACCGUUUUUGUUUCCUCCUGUAACAUAUCUGAUAAAACAGUAGAUAUGUGCAGUCGUAUUUGCGAAGCACUUUGCAUGUAUUGCAUGAUCUAACACGGUACUAGAGUUAUACCAGAUACACUCACAGUGAACUGGUCAAUAUAGCUCCUUUCAAGGGCCCUGAAGCCAUUUAUUUCUGUCUGUUUAUGUGCUACAGGCUCAUAAAAGACAGUUCCCCCUGCAAAGGUAAUAGUUCUAUUUCCUUUUUUACAGCUCAAAGUGGUAAAACCCAAAAUUUUACUAUUCUUGUUGCGAGAAUCAUUUUUCCUCCACUAUAGCGGCAUUAAGCGGUAAAAAACAGAAUCACAGUUAAUUAAAGAAAGAGGAAAAUAGAAAGCACCAAAGCUAUGUAAGCACCUUUGUUCUUCUUUCAGCAUGGCAAUGCAUCUAAUUCUAAAAUGUGAUAUUAUAUAAAUAAAUUAAGUAAGAGGUCAGCUGGCCGCUAACUAGCUAACUAAUUUAGGUCUUAAACUCCAAGCAAGAAACGUAGUAAAAAACUUAGAUUUUGUUUAAAAUAAUUUACAAUCCAAACAAAAACUGCCCUCAGAGUGACUGCUGUUUAUUAGUUUGUGAUAUGUAGUUAAAGCUUUUUUAUUAUUAUUAUUUAUUUAUAUAAGUAGUCACUGGGAUUACAACCUUUACAGAAAUAUGAGCACACACACACCUAUCAUGGGGAUAUUGUGUCUUAUUCAUUUUAGAUUUUUAAUUAUUUAUUUGAACUGUUAAGUUUUCCUGGUGGAGUGAUGACACAACAUGCAAUUUAGUUAUUUCUAAAAACAAGAAUUAGGAGCACAACUAUAAGUUUCUUGUGGAUUUUCUAUCCACCAAGAGUCAAAAAUAAUACAAGCAGCUCUGAUACAUACAUGCAGUACAUCUAAUAUUUGGCUACUUGUCUUUUAGCAGAUAAGUUGACCAUUUCUGUAUCCAUCAACAAGCUUCCUUUCUGGUACAGAAUCAGAUUUUAACGUUUUUACUGGCUUGAGGUUGAAAUUUUUAAAGGAGUCAUUUCCAAAGUUUAAACUUUGACACAGGUAAGUUUUCCUAAGAUAAUAUUAGACUUCCGUCACUGUCUUGACAACAAUGUUGUUGAAAAUUUCUGUUAUUUUUAAAAGUAGACUCAAUACCAGGACACACAAUUAAAAUACUAGUAUUAUUCCUUAUAAUAAGCAAGGCAGGAUAUCCAGCCAGAAACACUUUAUGCCUGUUGAUGGCCUCAAAAAGUGGAGGCGAUUAUCUGAAACUUAGCAUUGAUUAUUGAACCAAAUCACUGGAGUUGUAUGUUGUCUUAUCAUUUCACAGUUCACAAUAAAUCAAUAAAAGCCUAAAAUGAUACAAUGUGCAUGCCGGUGAUGGGUUUGAACAGAACCGUAGGUGUUAUUUAAGACACCUUUGAGCACAGAUUAUCAUAUUUUCCGCUGUUUGCCUUCUGCUGUGUCACUGCCUUCUAAUACUGCAGAAUGUGCAGAUCUGUCUGUCUGGAACAGCCCAGAGGCAAUGCUGCUUAAGCAACAUGUUGACUUGUAAAUGCUUAUAAAUUAGGACAGUUUGACGGAAGCUGGAGAAAAUAAAUCGGCGGAGCAGUAUUGUCUGUUUAUCAUAUUAGCUCAGUGCAGUCGAUGCCUUGUUACUGGUUGACUCUGGACCAAAAAUGCAGGCUCUAUUAGAUUAAGUGGUAGAUUUUCUGUACGUGCUGGUAAAAAUACAUACGGUACAACGCCAUUGGUUCCGCUCGUGCCUCAUGGUGAGUAAUGGAGUUUAGAUGUCUGUAAUGUAAUCAGCUUUUGUUUCUCGCUGCCUCCAAGCCCAGAAGCAGCAGGAAAAUGAUUUCUUUACCCGUGUUUAUAAUGUAUUCCUCAUGCUCUACCAUAGUGGCCUUAUGUUUAAUAAAGCAAAAGGGAAAUUAAUUUAUGUCCUUAAACUAUUUCUAUACUGACGCCGAUGUCUGUAACGUAUAAGCAGCUGUAAGUAUGUAGCACAGUACAAACAUGAUAGAUGAUUAAUUACCUGUAAAGUCUGUUUAUGAAUCAUAAAAUAGCUGUUAACCAACAACGAGAGAUCAUUAUUUUGAAUAUUCACCUUUUUACUCUUAUUUUCUGUAGUUCCUGUUGUACAUAUUCGACGUUAUCAGACAAGCACACUGCACAUCUGUUCAAUAUUUGACCUGAACUGAUCAUAAAGGUAACUGUGGUGAAUUUUAGCCCAGUUUUAACUGUCAGGAGUGUGUGUGUGCGCGCGUGUGUGUGGGAGGGAGUGUGUGAUAUUAUACCUCCAAGGCAUGUAUUUCUAUGCAGAAAUUCAAAUAAAACCCAUUUCCUCCCCCCCCGGUGUUGAAGAUA